AUUUCUUAACUUUUUCAUAAAUCCCCUAAAAAAACAAUUCAAGCGAACAGCAGUCACCGGCCAAAUCCCCCUUAAACUCUUGAAAACACACAGCGGCGGCGUCUCUGUCUGGUAUCUACUCAACAGAGACUGGAUGUCGUGGGUAAUAUCUGCCUGUGCCUUUCCACCGGCAGCCUCGCCGGUGAUGUCUGCUGACUUGUCGCCGCAUACCUCAGCUGGCCGGCUCAAACCCAUUUCCCUCUCCUGGUUUUCUGCUUUGCCCACCCUGAAAUUGUCCGUCACUAACGACUCACCGGUACACCCUUCGCCUUCCUCCAAUAACAAGAAUUCAUGCAGUCCUUUCGUUCGAGCUGCGUGGACGAGGAGAUCUCGUGGUGAGCUGGCAAAGCAACCAAACAAGAAGUCAUGGAAACAGAGGACUGACAUGUACAUGAGGCCCUUCUUGCUGAACGUGUUCUUUUCAAAGAGAUUUGUCCACGCCAAAGUGAUGCACCGGGGGACAAGCAAAGUAAUAUCUGUUGCCACCACCAACUCCAAGGACCUUAGGAACAGUUUGCCCUCCCUCACAGAUCACCAUGCCUGUAGACUUAUUGGCGAGCUCAUAGCAGAGAGAUCAAAAGAAGCCGAUGUAUAUGUAAUGUCAUAUGAACCGAGAAAGAACGAGAGGAUUGAGGGCAAGCUGGGGAUUGUUAUCGAUGCCAUUAAAGAGAACGGUAUCAUUUUUGUUUAACCUGGUGAUUGGUAGUGAUAUGCAGAACAUCAGAUGCUCUUUGUUAUAUUGUCAAAUCUCUUUAACGUGUCUCAGGGUAUUUCAUGCAGCAUAUACGUUUAUCCGUUUCUGUGAUAACUGUUGGAU